AUGAGUUGGAGGAAAAGAAUGUUUUUAUUAACAUUCAUAGCCAUGAAUGUAGUUGACGAACCAGCUCCAGAAGUGACGAUCGAACAAGGAACUUUGAUCGGUAAAAUCAGUAGCGAUGGAACGUUUUUCGAAUACCUCGGCAUACCGUAUGCAACAACUAAUAGUAGCACACGGUUUAGGGCUCCAGGACCUGCUCCUUCAUGGGAAGGUAUAUAUAAAGCUACUGAAGAAUCUGCAUCAUGUCCACAAAACACAGAUCUUGGAGUAAUUGGAAAUGAAGAUUGUUUAAAAAUUAAUGUAUAUGUACCAGCUGUAGCGAAAAAACCACUCCCCGUUUUAUUUUAUGUUCAUGGAGGAGCAUUCAUACUCGGCAGUGGUGGUAAACUAAUGUAUGGUCCAGAUUUUAUAGUAAAAAAAGAAGUAAUUCUAGUUACUUUUAACUACCGUCUGGGUAUACUGGGCUUCUUGUGUUUGAGAAUUAAGGAGGCGCCAGGAAAUGCUGGAAUAAAAGAUCAAAUAGCAGCUUUAAGAUGGGUUAAAGAAAACAUUGCAGCAUUUGGAGGAGAUCCAGAUAAUAUAACAAUUUUCGGUGAAAGUGCUGGAGCUACAUCAGUUUCCCUUAUUUUAAAAAGUAAAAGUGCCGAUGGACUUUUUAAAAGAGCAAUCAUACAAAGUGGCUCUUCAUUAGCCCCAUGGGCGAUUAAUAGAAAACCUCUUGAAAUAGCUCGUCUCUUAGCAAAAUCUGCUGGCUACGAUACAAAAGAUCCAAUGGAAUUGUAUAAGAUAUUUUCUAAUAUGACUUACCAAGAAUUAACUGCCUUAAAUGUUAAGAAACAAUUACAAAGGUUUUUCGAACCUUUACUUUUUCAUUUACCAUGUGUUGAAUCUGAAAUUACAGGAGUGGAACCUGUUAUUACCGAUUUGCCCUUUAAUAUUAUAAAAGAUAAGCCAAACAAUGUGGAUGUUAUCUAUGGGUCAACAAGUAAAGAAGGUUUAUUUUUCAUAACUGAUGAAACAUUCAAAGAUCUUGAUGGCAGAAAAGAGAGAAGUUUAUUUGCUGAUGAUCUACAAUUUUCGUCUACAGAUGAAGAAUUUGUGAAAUCUAAAGAAGUAGAAAAACUUUAUUUUGAAAAUAAUAAAUUAAACGUAAAAGAAUUAGUGAAAAUAUCUGGCAUAUUUGGGCAUUUGUAUUUUGAGAUACCUGUAAUAAUGGAAAGUGAAAAUUUUGUAAACACAAGUAACUCAAAAGUAUAUAACUACCACUUUAAUUAUUCUGGAAAAAGAAACUAUUUGAAGUGGGCUACUGGAUAUCAUAAUGAAACAGGAGCAUCUCACGGCGAUGAUCUUUUUUACUUGUUUCGUGGAUCUCUUUUGCCUCCAGUUUAUAACAAAGAAGAUCAAAAAGUGGUUAAUUAUAUAACCACACUAUGGACUAACUUUGCAAAAUAUGGAAAUCCUACUCCUGAUCCUAAAGAAUUGGGAGUUAAAUGGGAGCCGAGUAUUAAAAAUAGUAUGAAAUUCUUGUACAUGGAGAAUGAACUAAAAAUGGGAACAAUACCUAAUGAUAAAGCGUAUCGGUUUUGGCGAGAUAUCUACGAUAAACACAAAAUCAUUGAUAAAUAUUGA